GAGGAUUCUGCAAAUUUACCCAAUUCUCACGCCUAUUUUAAAACGCAAUCUAAAUUCACUACUCAAUAAAAAAGCGCCUCUACUCUCUCUCUCUCUCUUCCCCUCUAUUUAAUCCCCCAAAUCAGUGAACUUCAUGAACCGCUCUCGCCGCUGUAAACCUCAUCGCGACCGGCAGCGCCGCCGCCGGCAUCGCUUAAUUGACAUGCGCCUCCGCGCUUCACAGCACCGCUGCGUCUUCGUUGGGAACAUACCCUACGAUGCGAGUGAAGAGCAACUGAUCCAAAUUUGCGAAGAAGUCGGGCCUGUUGUGUCUUUUAGGUUAGUACUUGACAGAGAAACUGGGAAGCCCAAAGGUUAUGGGUUUUGUGAGUAUAAGGAUGAGGAAACUGCUCUGAGUGCUCGUCGCAAUCUCCAGGGUUAUGAGAUAAAUGGCCGUCAGCUAAGAGUUGACUUUGCUGAAAAUGAUAAGGGUGCUGAUCGCAACAGAGAACAGGGUCGUGGCGGACCAGGAUUUACACCCACUAAUGAAGCUAAUAAACUGUCAUCUGGAACCCCUAUUCCUGUGGAUUCCUCUCUCCAUCAACCAGUAGGGCAUCCAUUAGCUGCUACUGCUGCAUCUACCAUGUCUAGAGCAUUGGGUGGAACUCAGACAAGCAGACUGCCGUUAAUGCAAAAUGGUUUACAAACUCUCUCUAGUCUUGGCAAUGAUGCUUUGACUCAGUAUCUGGCGAAAAUGUCCAGACAGCAGCUGAAUGGAAUAUUGUCUGAGAUGAAGGCUUUGGUUCAGCAAAAUAAGCCGCUGGCUCAGCAGCUGCUACAAGGAUGUGCACAAUUACCAAAGGCUCUCUUUCAGGUGCAAAUAAUGCUUGGUAUGGUGACGCCACAGAUGAUGGCAAAUAUUAAGCAGGCUUCUACUCCAGUCCCACAGCCUGCAUUUCCAAACAGUAUAUCUAAUCAAAAUCCUUUAGUUUCUUCCAAUCUUGGCCAGACACGUCCACUUCAACAAUUUCCUGUUCAACCUCCAUUUCAGCACUCUCUGCCACCGCAACCACAAACUUUUGGUUGCCUUUCAAAUAAGCCACAGAUUCCACCUUUAUCGACAUCCAUGAGUUUGAUGUCACAAGUGCAGCCUCCUGCUCCUCCACAUUCUGGAAUCCCUGGAGCUACAAAUGUUGGUCAGCAUCCUCAACCGCAUCUUGCGGAUAGUCUUCAGCAGCCACAUUUGCCACCCUCUCUGACUUCUCAGGGUGUCUCGUCAAAUUACCAAGCAUUGUCAAAUGGAAUAAAUUCACUUUCUAAGCGAGCUGGAACACAUGCUGCUGCAAGUUAUGAUUUAAAUUCAGGCGUCGAAUCAGUGACGCAGACAGGAACAACAGGUGAACCAUCAGAAGUGAUGAACCAUGGAUUAAAGAGACCAAAAUUGGAAAAUAGAGGUGGCUCUCAUCAGCUUCCACCAGAAGCGGAAUCUGCCCUUCUUCAGCAGGUGAUGAAUUUAACACCUGAGCAAUUAAGUUCAUUACCUCUGGAGCAGCAGCAGCAAGUGCUUCAGCUCCAACAGAUGCUAAUGAAACAGAAUUUGUAGUUGUAUACUGGUUCUGUCUCCCCAGCCACCCAAUGGUCAAAUACAGAUGGACAAUAGCAGAGUUAAGCUCCAAUUCUUUAGUCCAUGCAUUUUUUGAUGUAUAAUCCAUAUGGAAGAAAAAUGCCUAUAAUGCAAGGUUUUACUUACUUGCACUCAUGUAACUUUUACACAAUAUUUAUAAGAAGAAAGGUUCCUCGGUGUCUCUUGUUACAGUUCGAACUUAGCGCCUUUCUUUCUGGUUUAUCUCCCACGAUGUAAUCCAGUAUAAUGGAACUAUAGGAAAUAAAACUUGCACGAUUUACAUUUCAA